AUGACGCGCACCGGCUUUUGCGUGGGGGAUAACGCAUUUUCGUUCACCGAGCUUAAAGGUCGAACGUAUCCCAGCAUAACUUCAAAAGGAGCCAUCGAAAGUUUAAUGAAAUGGUCAAUGAAAGGUCGCCUGCACGCUCGAACUUUCAGCUUUGACGAAAACUUCAAGCUGUAUGACCAUAAUAUAUUCAUUGGGUGUUUACUCAAGUCACCGGGAGUUGUUCGUGCACUGAAAGAAGAUGGGUUAGCAGUUCCAGAAUACAGGCAAUUAUUAGUGGAGAAAGUUCCAUGUGGAUCAACAGAGAUGACAAUCUGCAGUAAAAUAAAGGCUUUGACGGCGCGCGAAAACGGCAUGAUAAAGAAAUGUUACGACGAUGUGAUUCAGUCAGUUCUAGUGUCUGAUGAACUCAGAAAAUUUUUCCUAGAUGAAGAACAUUAUCCUUUUUCGGAAGUCAGUGCGGCCCAACGAGCCGAGUUUCUUUUCAGGCUAUUUGCCCACGUAUGCAUCGGUGGUGAAUUGUGCCAGAGUGAAGAAAAUAUUGACGUGUACAUUGAGUUCACUCGGAAGCUGUAUAGAGAUUUAUUGAGCGUACAGAAAAACCCUGACACAAAGGAGUUGCAGAUUGUAUCGUUAGUCUACAAAGUAGAACUUGAGGAUGACACAGGUGUGGUUUUUCCAUCGACAGUACGGCAUCCCAACACAUUCUUCUACGCCAUCGUCGAUCCCUUCAAAAGGAAUGUUAUUCUACUGUACCAUAUAUUUGGAUGUGGUGACUUCUAAACGUGUUUGAAUUAAAACCUGCAACCAUAAAUUCAAAAAUUUUGUCUGUUCUCAGUUCAGGAAUUACGCUGAAAAGAAAUCCCUACACAUUCGGACUCGGUUACUAAAAUCAUGAGGUGCAGUGCUAGUGACCGAUGAGAUG